AUGCGGUUGACGACCGUUCUCCUGUCCCUCCUCGCCCUGAUCCCCGCCUCAUUCGCCACGGUAGCAUGGAGCGAAAUUUCCGACGGCAGUAUCAUUCCCCAAUCUUCUUCCAUCUUCGAUGACAGGCCUCCCAGUUGCCCGCCGUGCUUCAACUGUCAGCUCGACAGCUAUAACUGUACCCACUUUGCGCCCUGCAACAAGUACAACGGGAAAUGUUCCUGCCCAGCUGGCUUCGGCGGAGAUGAUUGCUCAGAGCCCGUUUGCGGUUCGCUGGCCGAUGGAGAGAACCGCGCGGUGCGCGAUGGCGCAACCUGCAAGUGUAAGGAUGGCUGGGGCGGUAUCAACUGUAAUGUCUGCCAGACCGAUAGCGCUUGCGAUGCCAUGAUGCCCGAAGGGAAAGAUGGCGCAUGCUACAAACAAGGCGUCACGGUCAACCAGAACUUUCAGAUGUGUGAUGUGAUCAACAAGCCCAUCUUGGAUAUGCUGGGUGGCCGAAAGCCUCAGGUGACAUUCUCCUGCGACGCCGCAGAUAACUCCUGCAACUUUCAAUUCUGGGUGGACCAGAAGGAGUCUUUCUACUGUGGCCUGGAUACUUGCGAUUGGAGUACGGAGACCGAUUACGACAAGAAUACGACCAGCUACAGGUGUGACAAUGUCCAGUGUAGUUGCAUUGACAACCGCUUCCUUUGUGGCGAAAAUGGCUCGAUCAACUUGAAGGACUUCCUUGCUCAAGUCAUCAAGGGACCAGCUACUUUCAUAACGAAAGCGACCGCAGAAGGCACCAAGAGUGUGUUCUCUGAGCCCGAGAUGAACAAGCUGAUCAGUGGAGUGUUCGGUGACCCGAGCAUUCUCCUCUCCUGCGACUCCGGAGAGUGUCUCUACAAGACCAACCUACCUGGCUAUGAGCGCCCUGUCAAGAAGAUCAACACCCCGCUCAUCGCAGGUGUAAUUGCUGGUUGUGGGCUUUUCGUAGUCGCAGCAAUCCUGAUUGUCUGGUAUCUGACCCGUCGCGCUACUCGUCGUGGUUACAGCCUUCUGUCUCUGUCGGAUGACUCGGACGACGAAAGUGCCAAGCUUUUGGCAGAGCACCGGCCCGCGGCCCUCUACUGGGAGGAUGUGUCUUACCACUUGAAUGGGAAGGAGAUCUUGUCCGGUAUCCAAGGCGCCUCUGCACCGGGUCAAAUUACCGCCAUCAUGGGCGCGUCAGGCGCCGGAAAGACCACGUUCCUGGACAUAUUGGCGCGCAAAAACAAGCGCGGCGCUGUUCACGGUAAUUUCUAUGUGAAUGGCGAGAAAGUGGACGAUAAUGAUUUCAGAACUAUCGUCGGCUUUGUCGAUCAAGAGGACACAAUGUUACCGACCUUGACGGUGCACGAAACCAUCUUGACCAGUGCCUUGCUGAGACUGCCUCGGGAUAUGAGCCGAGGAGCCAAAGAGCAAAGGGUUCUGGAUGUGGAAAGACAGCUUGGAAUCUAUCACAUCAAGGAUCAACUGAUUGGCUCUGAAGAGGGCAAGGGCCGUGGCAUCUCUGGUGGUGAGAAACGCCGGGUUGGUAUUGCUUGCGAGCUGGUCACCAGUCCCAGCAUCCUGUUCUUGGACGAGCCCACCAGUGGAUUGGAUGCCUACAACGCAUUUAAUGUCGUGGAAUGCCUGGUCACCUUGGCCAAAACAUACAACCGUACCGUCAUUUUCACCAUUCAUCAGCCGCGCUCCAAUAUUGUGGCUCUUUUUGAUCGUUUGAUCCUUCUCGCGGGUGGACGUACUGUCUACUCUGGGCCUUUCUCGACAUGCCAGCAGUACUUUGACAAGAUCGGGUAUUCAUGCCCACCGGGGUUCAACAUUGCGGAUUACCUUGUCGACCUUACAAUGCAUGCCAGUGCCACUCACUCGUAUACAGAUGAAAUCGAGUCGUCUGUGGACGAACGCAGUGGUCCACCCAAGACUGCAUCGAGUAGCCUCAUGGCCGUCAAGUCCGUCGCAAGUGUAUCGAAUGUCAGCUUCGAGGACAACUCCAGCAGCGCUGCGGAGCAGACACGUAGGCCGAAGAGCAAGCGCCGAGUGUCUCUGAAGCAGCAGCAAGACCGCCAGCUGUACUCGCGUCGCAAGGAGGAUCGCCCCUUCACUCCGAAGACAGAUGAGGAGGAUGCGACUCUGGAUGCGGCCAAUGAUAAUCAGCAAUGGAUGCGUUUGUCACGUCGACCGGGCCACGUUCCUCCGCAAAUACUUGAUGAUCCGGAUCAGCUACCACCUCCAGCACCCGGGCAGACCGACCUUGACAUUCUGGUGGCGAGCUACGCCGACUCUGACGUGUGUCAAUCUGUUCACGACGAGGUCGUAUCAGCUAUUCAGUCCGCGCAAGUUGCCAAUGGAUCAGGCAAUUCUCAUCUCGUGUCUGGAACUUCUACGGCGCCUCCGAUAAGUUAUGCUCGCGUCAGUCUAGCCCGCCAGUUCAUCAUCUUGUCGCAACGCACUUGGCGCAAUCUGUACCGUAACCCUAUGCUGAUGCUUACUCACUAUGCGAUCGCCAUCCUCCUUGCUGUACUGUCUGGGUAUCUUUUCUACGGCCUGACCGAUGACAUCAAGGGUUUCCAGAACCGUCUCGGUCUGUUCUUCUUUAUCUUGGCGUUGUUUGGCUUUAGCACCCUGACAAGUCUGACGGUCUUCUCCACGGAGCGACUCUUGUUUGUUCGUGAGCGUGCCAACGGGUACUACCACCCUGUCACAUACUUUGCAUCCAAGGUCAUGUUUGACAUUGUGCCGCUGCGCCUCCUUCCGCCCAUCAUUAUGGGUAUCAUUGUUUACCCGAUGACUGGUUUGAUCCCUGCAUGGCCUGAAUUUCUCCGAUUCCUGCUGGUUCUGGUGCUUUUCAAUCUGGCAGCUGCCAAUAUUUGUUUGUUCAUCGGCAUCGUGUUCCGCGAUCCCGGUGUUGCCAAUCUGAUCGGUAGCUUGGUGAUGCUCUUCAGCUUACUCUUUGCCGGUCUUUUGCUGAACCACGAUGCCAUCCCUCAAUCAGCACUGUGGCUACAAAGUCUAUCAAUCUUCCAUUACGGCUUUGAAGCCCUCAUCGUCAACGAGGUAACCUUCCUUACCCUGAUUGACCACAAGUAUGGUCUGGAUAUCGAAGUACCCGGUGCCUCCAUUUUAAGUGCCUUUGGCUUCGAUACGCAAGCCUACUGGUUCGACGUCGCCGGGUUGGCCGUGAUCUCAGGGGCCUUCAUCCUCAUUGCCUACGCAUCGAUGCAUUUCCUGCUUGUGGAGAAGCGAUAA